AUGCAGAUGAUCUCAAAUUCGGGCCUCACCUUCUUUUUUGCUACUGUGGUUUUUGGAACGUCUUUUGGAUGUUUGCGUACUGGGACCCAGGAUGUUAUUGAUGCUUGCACUCGUUGCGACCCGGGCAAGCUGCAAAUGCCGGCGCCGAGCACGUUGUGGACGGCUUUCACAAAUGUGAAAACCGGGACCGCUGACGGCUGCUCGACGCUGACGUUGACUUGUAAGCCGGCUGACGGGAAUCCACCAUUUGUCGUGCUCGACACCCCCCUAGGAGGACUUGGUGGUCCCGUUGGCACGCUUCCGCUCGUGUGCAAUGCCGCUGGCAAAAGCUGGGCAAUCGAAAACGAGCCCGGGGUGUUCAUCGACGUCGCCGGGGUGGGCUGUACGAGUACAGUGUGUGCGGAGAACCCAGAGGGUUGUCUC